AUUAUAACAUCACAUCUAUAUAUGUGUUAGUUGUUUGACCUAUCAUUAAGCACACAAGAACACUCCAUCAAAAGACUUAGAAAGGAAAAACUAAAGCUAAUAGAAACAAGAAUGGACCUGGGGCAGGUAGUGCACAUGAAUGGAGGUGAUGGAGAAACAAGCUAUGCAAAAAACUCAUUUCAUCAGGGAAAUGCAGUUUCUUUGACAAAGCCAAUAAGAGAUGAAGCCAUAACAAGCCUCUACUCCAAAACACUUUUCAAAAGCCUUGCAAUUGCAGAUUUAGGUUGUUCUUCUGGACCAAACACUUUGUUUGUGGUAUCAGAUAUUAUCAUGGUUGUGGAGAAGCUUUGCCAACAAUUGAACCAUUCAUCUCCCGAGUACAAGAUAUUUUUUAAUGAUGUUUCUGGAAAUGACUUCAACAACAUAUUUAAGUCACUUGACAACUUUAAAGAGAAACUGCAAGAUGAAAUCAAAACUAAAAUGAGUUCUUGCUACUUUUUUGGGGUUCCUGGUUCUUUCUAUAGUAGAGUUUUUCCUAAUCGAAGUUUACAUUUCAUUCAUUCCUCUCACAGCCUUCAGUGGCUAUCAAAGGUUCCGGAGGGUAUAGAGAACAAUAAGAGCAACAUUUACAUCAACUACACAAGUCCCUCAAAUGUUGUCAAAGCAUACUAUGAUCAAUUUAAAAGAGACUUCUCGGUUUUUCUCAAGUGUCGUGCAGAGGAACUAGUUGAAGGGGGUUGCAUGGUUCUAACAAUGCCAGGAAGAAGAAAUGAAGAUCCAUGUGACAUAAAAUAUUGUUGCUACUAUUGGGAGCUUUUAGCUGCUGUUCUUAAUGGCAUGGUCUUAGAGGGGAUUAUAAAGGAAGAUCAAGUGAAUACUUUUAAUGUCCCUCAAUAUUAUCCAUCACCAUAUGAAGUUGAGUUAGAAGUUCUCAAUGAAGGAUCAUUUGCCAUCAAUCGUUUGGAGUUGUUUGAAGCGUAUGUAGAUGGUUCUAAUCAUCAUGAAUAUGUAUAUAAUGCUGCACGAUUAAUGAGAGCUAUGGCUGAACCAUUGGUAGUUAGCCACUUUGGUGAGGAUAUAAUCGAAGAGAUUUUUAGCCGUCACCAAAAAAUCAUAAUUGAUAAAUUACCCAAAGAGAAAUUGAAGGCCGUUAAAGUUAUCAUAUCAUUGACUAGAAAAGCAUAAUAAGCAAGAAGUUUGUUUUUUCUAGUUUGUAUUAUUUUGAUUAAAAAAAGAUAUUGAAAGUCAUUGUGACGGAUUGUUUGUUUGUAGAUACUCAUAUUUAAAGUGUCUUUCAAUGAGAUUCAAACCUUAGUUCAUCAUGUCCGUUCAUUAAACUCAAUUCGAAUUGGUUGGAUUGUUUUGCUUGAUUUUUUUAUAA